AUGUCUGCCUCGCCUACUCACCCAACUAACCCGGCGAAGCGUCCUUUGGAGGAUGCUUCAUCACCUUCUCGUGGCGCCGAUCAGCCUGAUGCCAAGCGACCUGCUCUUGACAAGGUCAUUAACAAUGGCAAUGACAAGGACAUUGAACUUCCCGAGAGCAAUGGUGAUAACCUUUUGGCACCUAUUGAAUCCAAUGGCACUGCCACUAAGCCCAGCGACAGCAGCGACAAGCCGGACGUCAAAGAUGACCAGGGGGAUACAGUGGUCCCUGACGUUGAUGAGUCCAAGCUUGCUGUGGAUAUCGCUGUCCACGGAACUUCAGCCGCUGCCGGUGCUUCAGCUGGCAACGCUCAUGAUGAAACUAUGUGGAUUCAUAUUCGUGCUGUAAUUUCUAGCCCUGAAGCUGCCACCAUUAUUGGCAAGGGCGGCGAGAAUGUUUCCAAUAUUAGGAAAUUGUCAAACGCCAAGUGCACCGUCAGCGACUACCAGAAAGGUGCCGUGGAACGAAUUCUGACCGUUAGCGGGGCUGUUGAGGCUGUAGCCAAGGCUUUUGGAUUAAUCAUCCGAACUCUGAACAAUGAGCCUCUAACAGAGAAGUCAAAUUCUCAAUCCAAGACUUACCCUCUCCGUCUUCUUAUUCCCCACGUCCUCAUAGGAUCCAUCAUUGGAAAAGGUGGUGCUCGUAUUCGCGAGAUACAAGACGCUUCUGGAGCUCGACUCAACGCAUCUGAUUCUUGCCUGCCACUUUCCAGUGAACGCUCCCUUGUUGUUAUGGGCGUUGCUGAUGCUGUCCACAUUGCUACUUAUUAUGUAGGCAGUACUUUACUUCAACAGCUCAACGAACGCUUCGGCGGUCCAGCUGCUUCGGCCUACGCAACACGAAGUGGAGGUCCUACAGGUGUUGUACCUGGUGGCAUGCAAGUCGUGCCAUAUUCCCCCCAGCCUGCUGGUGGUAACUUUGGCCAUCGCGAAAACUACGGCCGACGACCUGAUCCCCGGGCACAUCAGCUGCCACCAGCACCAUAUGCACAGCCGUACCACCCGCACGCGGCAACCCCGCAGCCUAACCCUAGUGUCCCGAUGCAUUACGCGCCCCAAACGCCUGCGUAUGGUGCCGCGCCACACAUUCCACCCCAUCAUGCCCCUCACAUAGGCGGUCCUCAUGCCCAUGGAGGACCUCCGGCACAGCCAAUGCACGGCGCCAUCGCGGGAGCUCCAGUCACCCAACAGAUCUACAUUCCCAACGACAUGGUCGGUGCUAUCAUUGGCAAAGGUGGCCAGAAGAUCAACGAGAUACGCCAGAUCAGCGGUAGUGUUAUCAAGAUAAACGAACCUCAGGACAACAGCAACGAGCGUCUGGUUACGAUCACGGGAACCGAAGAAUGUAACAGAAUGGCUCUGUACAUGCUAUAUUCCCGACUCGGUGAGAUAUCCAAGACUCUCGGCGGCCCUUCUGCCCACACUAGUAGUCGACAGCUAAACUAA